ACUGGGGCAUAGUAUGGCGAAGUAUCUGAGAAAUAAAGGUGUGAAAUGUAGAUUGUACAAUGAUGACACAUUACUUAUAUUUGCUGCUGUAUUCUUUAGAAACCCAAAAGAUGGUGGAAUGGACAUUGUUGGUUACAUUUACG